AUGGACGCCCUCGACCAGCCAUAUACCACCGCCGACGAGGAUCCCUUUAGCGUGCAGCCUUACAUCCCGCCAAACAACACCCGCAGGCAUAGGCGCUCCAGCAUGCUCGACAAAUGGAUCACAGAGCAGCAGUUACACGCUGAUGUUGAUGUCCCCCCCUCAGACGAUGACCUGUUCGCCCCCACCCACUCGUGCUCGUCCCCCACAAGUCCGUAUCUCGCCUACCCAGAACUGCCUCGCUUUUCCUUUGAGCGCAAGCCAGAGCCCGAGGAUGAUUUUGCAUCCAUACUCAGUUAUGACCUUGUUGAUGAUGACGACAUUCCACACAAAACAACAGUCCAAGACCCUUUGCAGCAGGUUCCCAUUACCCCCGUUUCUCGGAGUGCUCAUAAAUCCCCCCGCCACUCCAUAACCCCGUCUUUUAAAACCCUCAACCUGUCUUUCUCCCGCGCCCCAAAAUCUUCCGCUCCCUCUUCACCUAGCAUGGAAGCAGCAGCCUCUCGCGCUUUCUCUCGCUUGUCCCUCUUUCCGCGUACCCCACGCUCAAGCACUGGUCCACCUUCUUUCGUAGACACAGCAAUCUCGCAGCAGCAUACACGCUCAUCUAGCUUGGGCACCAUAGCCACUAGUGCUUCAAAUCACCUUGCCGCCACCACCAAUCCACGCGCUUCCGCCCCCGCGAAAUGGCGUCCCAGUGUGUUGGGCCAUUUCCCUCAAUCAUCUAUUUCUCAGCUUUCAGUAGGCGGAUCAGACAUCCAAUGUGCUCCUUCGCGUCCGAGCGUCUCUUCCGGUGAUACUUAUACAACGUGGAACACAUCUCGGACGACUACAACUCUGGAAAGUGUCGCCCCCACAUCACCUUCAAAAAUAUCUGUUUUCGAAUCUCUGCGCGUGCGGAAGCGGAAAUCCUCGAAAACAUUGUCCAAAAUGUUUUCCGCUUCAAUUUCUUCCGUUCAAUUGUCAUCUCCGCAGACAGAUGGGCCGAAUCAAAACGAGCAUAAUAGUGCAACUCUUGGAAAAGGCAAGGCUACUCAGCGCAUUCCUCUCGCUCUGAAGCAUCAGUCAUCGCCUAAUGAGAAUCACGAUGACGAGGAUGAUCUUGACCCCCCUCCCGUCUAUCGCUUCAACAAACACGAACCGAAUCGAAGCGGGAUCCCAUACCCGUCCAGUAGCUCACUCAAUCGCGUUAAAUUCUCCUCUCUAAAUUCAAGAACUCAUCGCAAAAAGAAAAAGCUAAUCGUUAGUGGAGUGAGCGUUACCGAAACUCGCAAGUUUGAAGGUAUCAAGCGAUGGUGCGAGAGCUUUGGCGAUAUCCGCAAUAUCUCAAGGAUGCCUAAUGGAGAUUUACAAAUUGACUUUCGCGACCCCGAAGUGGCUGAUACAGUCUGCCGGAUUCGGGCCAAGGUUUUCAUUGCGGGUGUUGGCAGUGUGCAAGUUUCUUGGAUAUCGGGGAACAAGCGAUAG